UGAGAUUCAAAACAUUUACAUUUAAACAAACAGUAGUCAGCAACCUAAAACAAACACACACCAUCAGCGCGGAGGAAGAUUUCACCGAUAGAUCUUUUGACAGGUGCGUCAUGGACGAACCCGACAAACAACCGGAUAACCUGACCAAGCGGUCCAACACAACGAGAAAAACCGACUCAUAAACGGAUACCGAGGACCUACUCACACCCGACAUGCAGACUCACUUUAUGAAGGACCGCGGGGUCGAUGCCACUUCACAGACUGCAAACACCAGACCAGCAGACAUGCUAACAGUCCCAGAUCUGAUCAGGAAGAAGAGGGAUGGAGGACAGUUAAGUGAUGACGAGAUCAAAGCCUUCAUCCAGGCCGUUAAAGAGAAAACCAUUCAGGACUCUCAGAUAGGGGCCAUGCUGAUGGCUAUUUGGCUGAAUGGGAUGGUCUCCGCGGAGAUUAAGGCCCUGACCCGAGAGAUGAUGUCAUCGGGAGAAGUGAUGGAAUGGCCCGAUGAGUGGAAAAAUUUCAUGGUGGACAAACACUCGACUGGCGGGGUGGGAGAUAAAGUCAGUCUGGUGUUAGCGCCAGCGCUAGCUGCCUGCGGCUGUAAGGUUCCUAUGAUCAGUGGGCGGGGCUUGGCUCAUACAGGAGGAACUCUGGAUAAACUGGAAUCAAUUCCAGGAUUCAAAGUGGAGCAAUCAAGAGAGCAGAUCCUGGAGAUCCUGGACUCAGUGGGCUGUUGCAUUGUGGGUCAGACAGAGACUUUGGUUCCUGCAGAUCGAGUCCUGUACGCUCUGCGAGACAUCACCGGCACUGUGGACAGUUUACCUCUCAUUACUAGUUCGAUCAUCUCAAAGAAAGGAGCCGAGUCUCUGUCUGCUUUGGUGCUGGAUGUCAAGUUUGGACGAGCUGCUAUGUGCAAAGACCUGGAAAGUGCUACAGAACUAGCUCAGAUGCUAGUGGAGGCAGGAAAUGGUCUGGGCAUACGUACAGCAGCCGUGCUCAGCGGCAUGAACGGUUCGAUCGGUCGAUGUGUGGGAAACAGCGUGGAGGUGAUCGAAUCUCUGGAGACGCUGAAGGGAAACGGACCCGAUGACCUGAUGGAGCUGGUCACGACUCAGGGCGGGUUGUUGCUCGUGAUGACUGGUCUGGUGUCUGACCUAUCAGAGGGCAGAAAGCAGAUUUCCGAAGCUGUGGUUGGUGGAGCAGCGCUGUCAAAGUUCCAGGCCAUGAUGGAGGCUCAGGGCGUGAACAGCGACACAGCUCAGCGGUUGUGCACCACCAACACAGAUUAUUACAGCAUCCUGAGAAAAGCGAAGCAUCAGCUGGAACUGAAGGCUCCUGCGGACGGUAUCGUUUUGGAGAUUGACGGUUUGGUUUUAGCUCAGGUGCUUCACAGAUUGGGUGCGGGACGAUCAAAGGCUGGAGAGCCUGUCAAUCACAGCGUGGGGGCGGUGCUGCUGGUGUCUAUAGGUCAGAGGGUCACAAAAGGCGUCUCGUGGCUGCGGCUCCAUUAUGAGGAUCCGGCGCUGACCCCAGACCAGAGGAAUCACCUGGAGAGCGCCCUGACUGUGGGAACAGACAAAAAAAUACAAACACAACAGAAACGCACUUUGGUGGAAAAGAUACUACCUAAGAAAUACGCAUAUUAAUACUUUUAAGUUGUAGAGUUUAAGGAUGCGCAGUGUUGAGCACGCAGCUGAUCUUUUAAUCGGCUCAGCAGGAAGCGGCAGCAUCAGAGACUGACGGACCGGUGAGGUCAUGGCAGCAGCAUUCACAUUGUUCCUACAGGCAGAUUAAACUUGUUACCUCAGUUUAUCUGGUCUUCAGGUGAUUUUAUCCGGUCUUCAGGUGAUUUUAUCCAGCUGUUUUUAACCAUUAAGCUUUCCUCACCAUGGCCCUCACGUAAAACUUCAGUAUUUAUCGAUCUGUCACUUCAUUGAUAUCAGUGUUACUCACACCUUUAGUGUUCGCGCCAUCUUUUCACCAUCUAUUUCCUCCCCGCUCUCAGACGUGUGACUGAUGUAAGGAUUCAUUUAGAAUUGUCAUGUUAUUGCUGGCUCUGCAGAUCUUUCAUUUAAAUAAAAAUCGCUUCUUGAAGAACUGAA